AUGGUCACCCGGGAACGGAUGAAAAAGCAACUCCCUCUCAAGAAUGGCUCAGAAUCCUUUAGCAACUGGAUUAGUCCACCAGUUCCUGUUUAUUUCAAUGUCUAUGUUUUCAAUUAUACAAAUGCAGAGGAAAUUAUGAGCAAAGAUGGUGUCAGACCCCAUGUCAAGGAAAUGGGGCCUUAUGUCUACAAAGAAACUCAAGAAAAAUUUGACAUCAAAAUUGAAAAUGACACAAUUACAUACAGAGAGCGGAAAUCUUAUACAUUUGUCCCAGAGAAAUCAUCAGGGUUGGAAACUGACAUGUUAUUCACUCCUAAUUUACCUGCAUUGGUAGUAAUCAAUUUACUCAAAGCUGCAAAUACUGCUGAACGUAUUAUUGCUGAUUUUUUCUUAGCAGCUGACCCUAUUUUCAAACCACUGUCAGUUUCUGAUAUUGUCUGGGGCUUUAAAGACCCAAAUAUUGCCAGAGUAGCAAACAUCAUAAAGAAAAUUUUUAACAUCACCAUUCCAGAUGAGUUUGGUAUAUUCUAUGGUAAAAAUAAUACUGAUGAUGGAGUGUAUACAAUAUAUUCAGGAAUAGAAGAUCUUUCAAGAUUGGGGAAGAUCAAAUCUUGGAAUGGUAAAAGCUCUGUGCCUUACUGGAACACGCCGCAAUGUCGGCAAAUAAAUGGAUCUGAUGGUACCAUUUUUCCUCCAUACCAAAAUGAAAAAUCUAUCUUGUAUGUUUUUUCUUCUGAUAUCUGCAGGUCAAUCAACACUAUAUAUGAGAAGCAGUACAAGUUACACAACAUUUAUAAAAUUAUCUAUUUUGUAACACUGUUUAAUUUUAUGCUUUCCUCCCUCUCUCCCCCCCUCUCUCCCCUCCCUCCCUCCUCCCUCUCCCUCCUCUCUCUCCCCUCCUCUCCCCCUCCUCUCUCUCCCCCCUCUCUCCCCUCCUCUCUCCCCCUCCUCUCUCUCCCUCCCCCCUCCCCCCCUCCCUCUCCCCUCCUCUCUCCCCCUCCCUCUCUCCCUCCCUCUCUCUCCCCCCUCUCCCCUCCCUCUCUCCCCCUCCCUCUCUCUCCUCCCUCUCUCUCCCCUCUCUCCCUCCCCUCUCAGUCUCUCUCUCUUCCGCUCUUUCUCCCGGUCUCUCCCCCUCUCUCUCGUCCUCUGGUGUUGCUUAAAAUUGCAACGAAGGGGCGAUCAGUUCCUGCUAAAUUUGUUCCAGAAAACAUUAAUGCUUCCCUCUGCACUCAUAUCAUUUACACAUUUGCAACUUUGGAAAACAAUCAUCUGAAACCAUAUGAAUGGAAUGAUGAUUCCACUCCUUGGAGUGUUGGAAUGUAUGCCCGUGUUAUGAAGCUAAAAAAGAAAAAUCCACAGCUAAGAGUUCUUCUUGGGCUUGGAGGCUGGAAUAUGGGUUCACAUCUCUUUAUGAAAAUGGUUGCAAACAGUCAUAACAGAAAAAUGUUUUACACAAAUGCUACUGGUUUUCUGAGGACUAGAAAUUUUGAUGGACUAGAUUUAGACUGGGAGUAUCCAGCCAGUCGUGGAAGUCCAGCCAUUGAUAAAGCAAAUUAUGUGAAACUCGUGCAGGAAACCCAUGAUUACUUCUCAAAAGAAGCUAAACUUUCUGGACAUAGACGUUUACUUCUAACAGCUUCCGUUUCUGCUGGCAAACAAUACAUCACCAGAGGAUAUGAUAUUCCUAAAAUUCAAAUGUACCUGGAUUUUGUAAAUUUGAUGAGCUAUGAUUAUCAUGGUGGAUCUUUUAGCAAUAUUAUUGGUCAUAACAGUCCACUGUAUGCAAGAAAAGGAGAAAAGGGAGAUGAAAGAACAUUUAAUGUUAAUUGGAGUGCCCGCUACUGGGUAUUAAAUGGACUUCCUAAAAUGAAGUUGAACAUUGGGCUGGCCAUGUAUGGGCGAGGAUUUCGUUUGGCAAACAACUCUUGCACUGUUCCUGGCUGUCUUUCCAUUGGACCUAACUCACCUGGUCAAUAUACAAGAGAAGCUGGAUUUUUAUCAUACUAUGAGAUAUGUGAUUUAAUCAAUAAAGGUGCAAAGGUUUCCAUAAUCAAAGACCAAAAAGUUCCUUAUUUAGUUUACAAUGGUGAAUGGAUUGGUUAUGAUGAUGUCAAGAGUUUGACUGUUAAGAUUGACUGGCUCAAGAAAAACAAGUUUGGUGGUGUUGGAAUAUGGUCAUUAGAUUUGGAUGAUUUCUUCAAUGGUUGUGGAAGUGGAUCUUAUGUUUUAAUGAAAGCUCUAGAACAUAACCUUAAAUAA